AUGCGAACCGAAGAAGAGCCUAGACAAUUAGCCAUUACAAAAUUACCAAUAAUACCAAUUGCAGAAACUUUUAGUCAGGAGGUGCAGACAUCUAUAGCUUCAAGAAUAUUAGACUUACAAAAUGAGCUGCAAUUAUUGCAAAAGAAUUUGCAUGAACAAAAUGACUUGACAAACACAAUGAAUCCUUUAUCUAGAAGAACUUCAUUAAUCUCGUUGGAUUCAAUGUCUCAAUUAGAAAGUGCUCCUUUAUCUAGAUCCUCAUUAUCUUCACACACUCACUCAAAAUCUCAACCCCAAAUAUCUCCACAAAGACCAGCAUCGCAAACAUAUUCUCAACCUCAAUUGCCGUCAUUACAAGAUCAUUUGACUCAUAAUUUAAAUGAUUUAGAAUCAUUAAAAAUUUCUCAGUCAGCUAAAAUUGAUAAUACUGUUAUAAUGAAACCGCCAAAAAAUCAGUCAAAAAAAGUUUGUGGAGCAUUAAAUUUACCAACACCAGUAUAUAAAGCAUAUCGGGGAAAUCUCCGUGAUCUUAUUAAAGCUGGAUUAUUAGAUCUAAAUUCUACUUGGAAAAAGCAGGAUACAAAACAAGUUCUGCGAUUAAUCAAUAAGUUCAAAGCAAAAAACCCUUCCUUUCCAAAAACUGCAAACAAUUGGGCUAUUAAAGAAAUGGCACGUGGAAUUAUCAAUAAUAGACGAGAAUAUCAUAGUUCAGCAAAAAAGAAAAGACGAGAAAAUCGGCAGUUUGAACGUACUCAACAAAAAGCAUCCAAUAAAGUUUUUGCUAAAGACUUGCCUGAAAAUAAAAGGCCAGAAAAAGAAUCAAAUAAAGAAAAUGACGACGAAAUAUUAACACAAUCUGAAUAUGCUCAACAAAAAAUGUCCAGCAAUAAGAAUUCUGUUAAAGACUUGCUUAAAGACAAAAGGACAGAAAAAAAAUUAAAAGAAAAUGAAGGUGAAAUAUUUAAACAGUCUGAAUAUGUUCAAAAAAUAGUCAACAAUAAGGUUUCUGCUGAAGAUUUUAUGCCUAGAGACUCUGAUUCUGAUUCUGAUUUUUAUGAACAACAAUUUAAAUAUGGCCCAGAAGGUGGAGAGUCUAGUACACGUGCACAAUAUUUAAAACCACUAAGUCAUAAUCCAAUUGAAGAGGAAUCUUAUAAUUCAUAUCAGGAAUCAGAAGUCUCGGAAUCAGAAGUCUCAGAAGUCUUGGAAUCGGGAGUUGAGUUUGAGUCAUCAGCCAACUUGUAUAAUCCAAUAAAAAGACCUGCGAAAAAACCCCUGAAACAGCCUGAACAACCUGUGAAAAGAUCUGUGGAAAAAUGUAAACCUGUGGAACAACUUGCGAAAAAACCUGUGAAACAAUCCGCAAAACAACCCUCAGAACAGCCCCCAUUAAAAAACAAAAAAAGAUUCAGAUUCACUGAAUCUGAACAGCAAUCAUCAAAGUAUUUUUGUGAGCCUGAUGGUAAUCAUCCAAAAAGAAAAUCUGCUAGGUUAGCCGCCAAAGAACAAGCCGCAGUGAAAUGGCAGUAUUAG